CUAUAUGCAGAUCACGGAGUCAGACUGUUUCCACAAUGAUCAGCUAAUGGCGAAGGCUGAGGGUUACACUGCGCCAGAAGUCAGGCAUGCCAGUCGGUUUAAAGGUUCCGAAUUAAACACUAGUAGUAGUUAAAGCGCACUUCACUUUCCCUUCGACCAGACCUUUGGUUUUGGCAUUUUGUUCACCUUGAUUGCAGCAACUCGCCAGAGCUACUGUACACGGUUCCUCACUUCCUGAAAGCAGUGAGCAACUUUCCUCUCAAGCCACUCAGCAUCGAAGGAUGGCUAGUACUGACGUGGAGAAGCGCCCAAAGGCCUAUCACACGCUGACCCCCUACCUGACGUUCAAAGGCGCAUCCCAGGCCAUGGAGUUCUACAAAAGUGCCUUUGGCGCUACCGAAAUCUACUCCCUCAAGGGGCCUGGGGGGAUCAUCGCUCACGCCGAGAUGAGCAUCGGCGAUAGCCUUUGGGGGGCACCCCGGUUAGCCUCAUGA